AUGCCCCUGUGGAUAUCAGCGAGGAAGGGCGAUGUCCAAACUGCAGACGCGUAUAUGAUGAGAGUACAUUCAAUGACAGAGUUCCCAGAUGCCGACGAGUUUAAAGCGGACUUGGCGUUAAAACAUCGCAAGGCUGCAGCUGCCAAAAAGCGAGAGGCCGAAAAGCGAGAAAUUGAAGCGUCCAGUCGAAGAAAUCUCGCUGGUGUUCGGGUUGUACAAAAGAACCUGGUUUAUGUCAUUGGCCUAAACCCCACGAUACGAGAUGAAAAUCAACUUCUACAAACUUUGCGUGGAGACCAAUAUUUUGGACAGUAUGGGGAUAUUGAAAAGAUUGUUGUGAGCAAGGCCAAACCAGGUGGCAAUCCAAACCAGGGCAUCGGUGUUUACGUAACCUUCGCUCGCAAAGCUGAUGCCACAACGUGCAUUGCCGCUGUGGAUGGAUCUCCGAAUGGCGACCGCGUCUUACGGGCCCAAUAUGGUACAACGAAAUAUUGCUCGUCAUUUCUUCGAAACGAGCAAUGCAAUAAUCGCAACUGUACAUUUCUUCACGAAACGGGCGAAGAUAACGAUAGCUUCAGUCGCCAAGAUCUAUCCUCCAUGAACACCAUGUCAUCACAACGUGUUCACCCAAGCGGGCCAAGUGGGCCUCCUCCUUCAACCCAGUCUCCAUACACCUAUCACUCUCAACCUGUCAGAUCAGCCACACAUCCCAUCCAAAUUCCGGCCGGGCCCCAACCAAUGCGGCGACAAAACAGUAAAGACGAGCCAGGGAAUCGAACCAACAUUGACUCUUCCGCUUUGCCGUCGUCUGCUAGUUGGGCUAACAGGGAUUCCCAUGUGCAACGUGCACGGCGGCCAAGCGUGGCUGCUAGCCAAUCAACCCCUAGUCCCAAGAUUGCGAAUGCGGUUGUCAACAAAAUUGAGGAUUUAAAGCGAACUGCUGAAAGCGCCCCAGCGCCCGGUCAGGAUUCUGCUAGAAAACAGACCCCAACUCCGGCAGAAGCCUCAAGCUCAUCUACCAGCGCUACUCGAACAGUGUCCCCUCCUUCGCCGUCUGCCCCUAGUGAAACUACCAUGCUGGACGAGCUGGUGAAAGCAGUCAAUAACCCGGAUUUCCGUUUCAUAUUUUCAUCUGCGGGGCUGACAUCUGAGGAGAUCGCGUACAUCGAGAAUCAUCCUUCUCUUAUCGAUCCAUAUGGCGGAAUUAAGCGCCGUGCGAUGCGGGAGAAAGCUGAACAUGAACGAGCAAGCCAGGAAUCUGAGAACCAAAUGUUAGUUCAUUCUGCUACGAACGAAGAGGAGAACCUUGAGGGUGGCAGUUCACAACUAGGCGGCGAGCCUGAAGAAAUUCAUUCCAACAUUGUCUCGGGACGAAAUAAUAGGGAGCCUCUUAGUGCAAUUCAACCACCAUCUCAACAGACGACAUCCGUAAAUUCUGCGAUUGGAUCGCCUGUUUCCUCUGGCCACCAGUUUCACGGAAUAAAUGUUGCCGGUCGAAGCCUAACUCCCCUCCAGCAACAACAGCUUCUGUUACUCAAGAAUGCUGGCGGGCAACAUAUGGGGUUAAUGGAUCAAGUACACACUGGGUCGGGCUCCAAUGCAUUUGAGCAUAAUGUCCAAGCACGUGCAGGUCUAUUUUCAAAAUCAGAUGCCACAGAUGGCUGGUUUGCAUGGUCAUGUUAG